AUGACUGCGGAGACCCUCACAGAAAAAGGCUACAUAGAGGCAGGGAAAGAAACAGAAAAACAACAGAGAAAAGCCAAAACCAGGAUCGGGACAGACAAGCGCACACCCUGGGAUGUGAGGAGGAGGAGAGGCGGCAGCGGCCUGCGCAGCCAGGGCCUGUCGCAGCCGACCGAGCUGCGGCGUCGCGCCGGGAUCCCUCCCCCGCCGGGACCGGCGCAAGAUGGCGGCCCGGCCUCCGCCGGGCAACUUGCUCCCUCCCCCGCCCCCGGGGCGCUCCCAGCGACCCGCGCCGGCCUCGAGACCCCCAUCCCACCGCCCCCGGAGCGAGGCGUCGCAGGCCGCGCGGGAGGGCCGCUGCCUGCUGCAAUGCAAGACGGGCGGGGGCGGGGGGCCCUUACCGUGAGCGGAGCGGAUCGGUCUGACUGGGGCCCUGAGGAGGAGGAGAAAGAGGAGGAGGAAAAGGAGGAGCACGAAAACACUACACGGCGGCGGCGGCUCCCAUUGCGGAAUAGGCAGCUGAGCCGUGGGAAGGAGGGAAUUGGGGGGUGGGGGGUGGUUGUCGUGAACUCGACGCGCUGCCUCAUGGGUAGACUCCGGGUCACCCUCCGCGCGUCCGGGUUCCCUUUCUUCCCGCCGACGCGGAAAGGGGGCGCGGGCAUGUGCGCUGACUGCGGGCGAGGGCCAGGGCCCGCCGUGGGUGCGGGUGCGGGCGCGGGCACGGGUACUGGUCUGCACGUACGCCCGGCUCGGGCUGGAAUCCGAAAUCCAUGCUGCACCCCGAAACUGACGUCGUGGAAUCCCCUCUUACAUUUAGGUGGCAGCAUGAGACUAAUUGUGGCCAAUGGAAUAUAAACAGAAGUGAUCUACACUGGUGCUGCUGAAUGCGUGGUUCAGAGUUCAAUGUUGUUCCAUGAAUUGUUUGUUUCCAGUCUACAACAAGAAACUUAAGACCUCCAGAUUGUUCCUAUGCCAGAUAAGCCCUGAAACCCAGAGGUGCCA